AUGACCGAAUUAAUUAAGCAAAAAUAUUGCCGAAAUAGCAAACAAGCAGGAGAAGCUACCGAAUUAUUAGCCACUUUGGAGGAUAAAAGUGUUAGUUUAGUGUUUUUUGACCCUCAAUACGAGAAAGCAGGAGAUGUUUUGGAUGUCGAUUAUCCCUUACAAUAUCAAACCGAAAACCAAAUCACCCACAUUAUUAAGGAAAUCAGCCGAGUAUUGAAGCCGUCAGGCUUUU